ACGUUAUUGAAAGAAGUCAACACCCACAAUGCCCCGCGACAGCCAACAACAAGGAAGUAAGACGGAGCGACGUGUUGUCACCGCUCGCAACAUCGAUAUUACAGUGAUUCACGCGCUGCGCGUACAUUAUCGACCCGCUCCUAACGUCAUGGCGGCAAAGACCCAGCAGCUCAACGAGUCGGCGGUGAUCCGCAGACUCCGGCGGUUCAGAGAUCGAUAUUUUCCAAACGGUGGUAAAGUUGUCGAAGACGAUUUGACGUCCGCUGCGGACACGGUGGGAGAGCCACAGCCGGGUUUCAUGGAUAGUUUACCGGUGGACGUACAGUUCCUGAUCAUGACUUUUCUGUCUCCGGCGAGUAUUUGCAGCCUGGGAGCCACAAGUCGGUACUGGAGGGCCAUGGUCAGAGAUCCGUUACUAUGGAGGUACUUCCUGCUCAGGGACAUGCCAAAUUGGCCCUCCAUUGAUCAUGUGAGCAUGCCCCAACUGGAGUUGUUGGACACGCCACUGAUCGAUGAAGACGAGAGCCUGGACGAUAGAGAAGAGUGGGACUUCAAAGGGACGGAAUUGAAAGUUGACUACAUGUCAGAAUACCUGAAAGGCUGCCCGUCCAGCAGACGACAAUGGCUUCCCUCGCGGCCGGCGUAUGAGGUCGUGACCUCUUUUCUUCAGUCUCUCGUGCCCGCAGCCGAGCCGCGUUAUGCCAUGUUCGGCCCCGGCAUGGAGCAGCUUGACGUCUCUUUAGUCACCAGGCUCAUGUAUGCUCCAGAUGUGCUCCCUGUGUCGGGCACUCCUCAAAGACAGAUACAUGGUAUUGGCUCAGGGAUCAGUUACAUCUUCAACAACCAACACAAAUUCAAUAUCCUGACUCUGUACUCGACCAAUCGGGCAGAGAGGGAGAAAGCCAGACUGCAGCAGCAGACCAUCAGCAAUAAACUUUUUACCUGUGAAGGAACCGAUGAGUCGGGCUGUCCAAUCUACAGCCCUGCUCCUCAGGUCCAGCCAGUGUGCCAGGCGGUGGACGGGUUCAUCUACGUAGCCAACGCAGAGCCCGGGAGAGGUGAUGGGAAGUCCGAGGCGGUUCAGAUUCGGGCCAUGCUGAGCUCUGCUGAGGUUUCAGCGACCAGGCCCCUGCUGGUGCUCUCCUGUGUCUCCAGAGAAGAAUCGGAAGAAGUCCGGGUUACCCGCCUGCAAACCAUGACCAGCGGAAAUGGGGCCAGGUGUCGAACUCCCUGUGUUGACAUCGCAAAGAGACUCGGACUACCCCAGCUGGCUAACCCCUGGAUGGUGCAGGAUAUAGUAGCAGAAUCCUUAUCGGGUCUUCUGGACGGCGUCUCCUGGCUGCUUCGACGUUCUCGAGUCAAACUCUCUGGGAGCUAGUUACCUAACUUCUGCUGGCCGCCAGAUGGAUGAAAACCACUAAUUUCAUUGCCCCGUCACACUGACACCAAGAUGCGCUUCGGCAUUUCCUGAGUAAUGUAUGCCGCGUGUGUGCACCGAGUGUCUCAGAAUCGGACCCUUGCCAAUGAACUGGAUUCAGCGCUGAUGGGUUUCUAACUGUUAAUCUGGAGAACUGAGAGAGACUCGGUUCUUAUUCACAGAGAGAGCUUUAUGGAGGAAUGACCAGGAGGUUCUUCAUCCAUCAGGGAGCUUCACAAACACCCCUCAAAUUGUGUUUGUUCACUUCGGCCAAUAAUGCACACAACAGUACCAACAUACAACUAGAGACGAGUACUGCUUACUAAUCGAGUCGCCCGCUGUUCACUUCAGCAUGGGAACAUAUCUUUUCCAUGAUUUGACAUGACAUUUUUUCAAUGUUUCCUCUCAGGUUCAUAACGGCCAAUCAUUUUUACAGUCAGUUUAUGUAACUUUCAGACACAAUCCACUGCCCUCUAAACCAUAAUUCACUUACCGUAAAGAUAUGACCUUUUUAGAGCGAAAUUAUCAUACAAUUUAUUUAAAAUAUGUUAUGUAGCCUGUUGAGAAAUGGCACAUACCCUUCUGAUUUUAAAUAUUUGCAUCUGUUAUUUGUACAAUUAAAAUAUGUAUAUAUUUAUAUAGAAUACAUUUGUUAUUCGAAUUGUUUUAUGAUUACAGAUUUCUCUUGUGGUGGAUGAGUCGCACUUUCAGUCCCUCACAACACUGACAACUUGUCUGGUAAAUAACGAGUAAAUCUGCAUUGAAGUAAUCACAAACGAUAAAACUCUUCCAUGUAGGUUAUUCAGGAUUUUUUUUGUCUUACCUUCUUUCACGUCUUCUCUGCGCACUUUCACGGGUUUAAAGUCCCCAGAGACGGGGAAGCGAUAUUUCCUAUUGUUUCCUCUCCUCUGAGGUCAGCCCUGGAAAUAAAAACGUGAGUCCACAUCUGUAUGUCUACAAGCGAGAGAGGAUAUUCUGUUUUGGCCAGCAGGGGGCGCCGUGACUACUAGCUGUAUAUUAACCCUCCUUGUUACCUUUGGGUCAAUUUGACCCCAUUCAAUGUUUAAUGUCUGUGUUCUUUCGGGUCAAUUUGACCCCAGGCUGUUUUUCACUGUGUCAAACAUAUAAGAAAUAUCAACUUUUUUAUAUAUUUAAAGGGCUAUUUAGGUAGUCAACAAACAAACAUAAAGUACCUCACACUUAAACUUGGAAAACAAUAUUAAUUCUAAUAAUUUUCUGGAGGUUUUAAUUGCUCGGGUCAAAUUGACCCCGAGUUUAAAAUAUGUCAGUAAAUAUAAAGGUAACAGGAGGGUUAAACAUUGAAUGGGGUCAAAUUGACCCGAAGGUAACAGGAGGGUUAAGUCAGUGCUUGGUUGCCAAAAGCUCUGCAUUACCAUAGAGAUAUGAAGUGUGAGAAAUAUUCGUCAAACAUGGAUGUGAAAUAAUGACAGCAGGAGAGCGCCUGUAGAUAAUCCAGAUGCACAGCUGGACUUCUCACUUAUGUCAUAAGUGUUUGUCCCAUAAAAAAAAAUUACAACUCUAUUCAUAUUCGUUGUCCCCGGCGGGAGCGCUUGAGCGCCCUAAUGGGAGCAUGGGAGACAUGACAAGAUAAUGUGCCUCGCUGGUGCUCUUUUGUUCUUGUCCCCUAGGUAACCACACGUCUUUGGGAAAGGUAUGCCCCCCCAUCCCCUCCUGGUCGUUCUUUCAUCAUUUUCAUCGACGUACAAAUUUAGAAUAGGACCAUGAUUGGUGCAAUUUAGGUGCAUUAAGAUGAUCUAUGCAAGUUUUGUUCUGCUUUUUUUCCCUUUGCUGAAAUUUAAAUGGAAAUGAAAUGA